AUGCGUUCUCUAUGCAGUCUGUCCUCCAUCCUCUCCGUCUGCGCCAUCAUUCCUUCUACCACCUAUCCAAACAUCUCACGCAAUUCAACGGACGGCGACCGCAAUUACAGAGCUCCUGAGUUCCCCAUCUUAGGAUGGACGCAAUACAAGAACAACCCGAUCAUGGGUCCCUCAAACAACAGCUGGGAGUCCAGUUACCUGUUCAACCCAGCUGCGGCAGUAGUCGACGACAAGGUGUUCCUGCUGUACCGCGCUCAGAAUGAGAGCUUGAUUUCGAGCAUUGGACUCGCCUGGUCCUACGAUGGCUACAACUUCACACGCUACAAUCAACCAGUCUUCUUCCCCACCGAACCCUACGAACGCAACGGAACUGAAGAUCCUCGACUUGUGCGUGUGAAUGGUACUUUCUACAUGACCUACACCGGCUUCAACGGCAAUCAGGCUGUGCUUUGCAUGGCGACGUCUGAGAAUCUUGUCAGCUGGCAGAAGCAUGGGCCUAUCUUGCCGUACAAUACCGAUGUCGUGUACAGGCCGGAAGACAACUACAACCGUCCAAGAGAAGGCUGGAGCAAGAGCGGUGCGAUUGCGCCGGAGAAGGUCAACGGUCUGUAUCAGAUGCAGUGGGGAGACAGCUACCUUUACACUGCCAACUCGACGGAUCUGAUAAAUUGGAACUAUACCAAGAAUGACAUACCAUUCGCCCAACGUAUCCACGACUGGGAGUUUGGACUGAUGGAAUCCGCCGGUGCCCUCAUCAAGACCCGCUCUGGCAAGCACUGGAUCAAAUUCUACAACGGCGUAGGACAAGGAUUCGGUGGCUACAAGUUCGGACAGUACAGCACUGGACAGAUGCUCGUCGACCUGGAGAACGCGCCUCGGGGCCCACCAGUUGCACGUAUGGAGCUGCCGAUUUUGCAACCAGUCUUUACGGCAGGCCAGGUUAGCAAUGUGCUCUUCAGUGAAGCUACGGUGCAGUUCAAGGGGAAGUGGUUCAUGUAUUAUGGCGAGGGUGAUGCGUAUUUGGGGACUGCUACUGCGCCUGUGCAGGACUAA